GGGGCUUCAAACUAGUAGAUUGGGAUAUUUCUAAUCUACCUUGAUAGUGUCAACGAAAACCGACAGCUACAGAUAAAUAAACCCAAGGUGAAUUUGCGCCUGGCUAGAGGCUCGUCAGGUUAAGUUGAGUCGCCCCCCUGAGAGGUAUUCGUCAAGAUGGCGCACCAAUCAAGACGAAGCUUGAAUACGAUGCGAACCGAUGACGCAUCAUCGGGCAGGUCAUCAACAUGUUCAGAGAAGAGAGGGAAUUUCUCAAUUGCAGGUGAUGAAGAGAAUAAGAUAGAGGGUAGCCUUCUGGGCGAUCGCCUCGGACUCAGUCCAGAAGGUCGUGAAAUCGAAGAAGAGGCAAUCACCCGUUUUUCCACCGCCAACUCGAUUCGCCCGGGGCUCUCCAAGACCCAGACCAACGCCAAAAGCCUGCGCAGCAUCAGAUCGCAUCAUUCACGCGCAGGGGCCGAUGGCUACACCUUGAACGACGAAGACGAAAAGCCGAACAACUCCAGCGGUGCAACUGGAGAAGAUGCCGCUGAUCCGUAUCUAGUCCGCUGGGAAGGAGGUGAUGCAGAUCCAAUGAACCCUCGCAGCAUGACGACGCUACGACGCUGGUGCAUUGUGUUCAUUGUGAGCGCAAGUUCCUUGUGCGUGACAUGUACGAGUUCGCUGUAUACGUCGACGUAUGGUCAGCUGAUGCCAGAGUUUGGGACGAGUCGAUUGGUAUGCACACUUGGACUGAGCUUGUUCGUGGCUGGGCUUGGGACGGGCCCUAUGAUUUUGAGUCCCCUGUCAGAGUUCUAUGGUCGUCGGCCAAUCUACAUAUGCUCAUUUACCUUCUUCCUCAUCUUCACCAUUCCGUGCGCGUUUGCGCAGAAUAUCCAGACCAUGCUCGUAGCACGCUUCCUCGACGGAUUAGCGGGCAGUGCCUUCCUUUCUGUGGCUGGCGGCACUGUUGGAGACAUGUUUGCGAAACACGAACUCUCGGCACCUAUGAUGGUCUAUACUGCAAGCCCUUUCAUCGGGCCCGAACUCGGUCCUCUCGUCGCUGGAUUCAUCGUGCAGAAUACGACAUGGAGGUGGUGUUUCUACGUCUUGAUGAUUUGGUCUGCAGUCCAGCUUGCAUUGAUAGUGCUUUUCGUGCCUGAGACAUACCAUCCGGUGCUUCUUCGUAACAAGGCGAUUCGCCUACGAAAAGAAACCGGGAAUCCAGAUUGGAUAGCACCGAUAGAGAAGUUGUCACGGUCGAUCAUAAAGACGGUGUUGUGGUCAUGCAUCAGACCGUUUCAACUGCUGUUCUUCGAGCCAAUGUGCCUCAACCUUUGUAUUCUCAGCGCGAUAUUGUUGGGAAUUCUAUACUUAUUCUUUGGGGCCUUCCCUCUAGUCUUCCAGAACAAUCACGGCUUCACGGUGUCGCAGACGGGGCUUUCCUUUCUCGGGCUCUUCGUGGGCAUGCUGGCCGGGAUCACAAGCGAUCUGUUCUGGCGAAGGAGAUACGACAGACUCGUACAGCGCAGCGAAGCGCAAGGGGGUGGGAGUGAACCAGAAUUCCGGCUCCCCGCUACAGUAUUCGGGGCCUUUUUGGUGCCCCUUUCGUUGUUCGGGUUUGGGUGGACCACGUAUGCCUGGGUGCACUGGAUAGUCCCCAUUGUUUUCUCGGGCCUGUUUGGAACAGGCGUCAUCUGGGUCUUCUCUGGAGUGUUUACCUUCUUGGUCGAAGCUUACCCGCUCUACGCUGCUUCAGCGCUCGCAGCCAACAGUUUUGCGCGCUCGUACUUUGCCGCGGCGUUUCCUCUGUUCGGUGUCCAGAUGUACAACAAUCUCGGCUACCAGUGGGCGACGACACUGCUGGCCUUCCUGGCCCUUGUCAUGGCACCAUUCCCAAUCCUCUUCUUUCGAUUCGGCAAGAGACUCAGGGGCAACAGUCGCUUCGCAUCAGGAUAGACAUUUGGGGCAAGGCGGGAGAAGCAUGUGGCGGAUUCGAGUGGUGGAAAGGGCCUAAUUAUAGAGGAGGGUCGCACGGCAUCUGCAUGCCUCGAGUGUUUAUUGAAUGUGCAAG